UAAUUAAUUUCCUCUCGCCAUCAACCAUGAGGAAAUUAUGAGAAUAGAAGGAAGGGUAUGUAUGAGUUCAGCACAAUGCUAUUUCAUUAAGCAAAAUGACUUCAUAUGUAAUGUGUUAUGUUUUCUUCCCAAUAACAAAGUGUCUAAUCUUCUUUGUCCAAAUUACCUCUUCCUGUUAUUUCUUUUAAAAAUUUCACUGUUUGAUGUUAUUGGUUUUUUUCUUUGAUUAAUUAGCUCGGACCGAUUUCAAGUUAGAUACGAUACUAAUAGGGCUACACACAAUUGAUACUUUUGGUUCUUUUUUAAUAAAUGAUUUUGUAGUCAAUUUUCUUAAUGAAGAAAGAAAUAUACACAAGAUAAUGAAAUUUUAUUUUCUUCUUCUUCUUCUUUUGAACAUAAUUUUUUUUUAAUUUUGUUUCUUGCACACCGCAUGAAUAAACCUUCUCGGUAAUGUACGUAUAUAUGGCAUUUCCAAUUCUUUCUACAUAAAAUCAAGAAUUGUAAUGACCCUAUUUACUUUCAUGAUCAACUAUAUACUAAGACAACCAUAUAGUUUUGUUGAGUCAUUAACUUUAUAUCAAAUAAAUUAAUUGACACUACUCUUCUUCCAUUAGUGGCCGUACCCCACUUUUGCCUCCACCAACCAAAGGUCUCCCUCUAUAAGUACCCUUGUCCAGGCGUGUGUCAUCCACACUUCUCUACAAUCUCCUCCUAAACAUUCACUUAACAUUCUCAUAUUAUUACAUCUUCGUAUCAUUUACCAGUUUUCUUCAAUGUCGAGCAAUCAAGCAAAAUCUGUCAACAAUACCAAGUUCCCUCUUGCUAUUAACAAUGAUAUUGAGCAACAAUCAACAGCCCUAGAGCUUGAAUCCAAGGAUGAUUUUGACUACUCAAAAAGAGCACAAUGGCUUCGAGCAGCUGUUCUUGGUGCCAAUGAUGGUUUAGUAUCAACUGCAUCAUUGAUGAUGGGUGUUGGUGCUGUUAAACAAGACGUUAAAGCAAUGAUACUAACUGGGUUUGCUGGUUUAGUAGCUGGUGCUUGUAGUAUGGCAAUAGGCGAGUUCGUGUCAGUGUAUUCCCAGUUAGACAUAGAGUUGGCUCAAAUGAAGAGAGAAAAAGAAAGAGGAGUAAAAGAAGAAAAUGAAAAUGAAGGAGAGAAGGAGAGUUUACCAAACCCACUACAAGCAGCUGCAGCAUCAGCUCUUGCUUUUUCAAUGGGUGCAAUGGUGCCAUUAUUAGCUGCUUCUUUCAUAAGAGAUUACAAAGUGAGGCUUGGAGUAAUAGUUGCAGCAGUAAGCUUAGCUUUGGUAAUAUUUGGAUGGUUAGGAGCUGUUCUGGGGAAGGCACCAGUGGUUAGGUCUUCAGCUAGGGUUUUCAUUGGAGGGUUAAUGGCCAUGGCUAUAACCUUUGGUCUAACCAAGUUGAUUGGUACAAAUGCACUGUGACUAACUUUUACCAUCUUAGAUCUUACCUUUUUUUAUCUUUUUUCGGUUUAAAAAAUGAAGUUGUGCUGUGUUUGUCCUGUAACUACGUGACUGGGCUGUCUUUAUUAUUUUGUUUGCGUAUGGGGAGUGACGUGCAUGGAAAGAUUGUUGGGUUUUAGUGUAAGAUUGAAGGUGGAAGUAGAGGCCAAGCAAUGAGCAGACCGGAAGUGAUAGCUAAUUCUGUUAGCGUCUUGCGUCUUAUGAUAUCAUAUCAUGUGUCUUCGUAGAAAUAAAAUGCCCCAAAGGUUACAGGGAAAGAAAAGAAAAAUGAAAAAAGAAAGUCUUUUCUUUUCUUCUUAUAACUAGAUAUAUCUCUUUUUACAAACAUGGAUAUGUAAAGAUUACAAAAUCCUGUCUGUGAUAUAUGUUCUAUAAUAUAAGAAUUAUAUGUUUGCCGUGUUCUCAUUUAUUUAA